CUCAUCGAUCAAAUUUAACACGUCACUCUCCUCAUUCUUACAGCAUUCAUCUCCAGACUUCAUUCUUCAAUAUACAUUUCCCAAAUACUAAGGUACCGACACUCUGUAGGCCCCACUCACAAGAAACUAAAUCAUGUCUUCUCUCUCUACUCCCAUCCAACACCUCUCAUUCCUUCUUCCCCACAAAUCUAAAUCCCCACCCUCCACUCAGAUCCACCCCCCACCCCCACCCUACCCACCCCUAUCUUAUCCUACACCAAGAUCUCUGCCCAAACAAGCUCACACUCCUACCCAAAGUCUCUCACACACACUAUCUUAUCCCGCUCUGCCUUCAUUACUUCACUAAAAAACACACACACACAUUACAUCAUAGGCAUAGGCUAGCAAAUUUGUUCUAAUUUUUUUUAGUUGUCGAAAUGGUGGAAGCGCAGUCGUGGACGACGAGGAGGGGCAGCAACCCCCGGUUCGAACCCCCAAGCAGCGCCGACCAGGUCCUCGACAUCCCGGCGACCCCGACGGCCGAGAUCCGGCAGCAGCAGUCCCUCACCAUCUCCCCCUCCGCCGUGACGGCGGCGACCGUGGCGGCGUGGUACCUCUCGAACAUCGGCGUGCUCCUCCUGAACAAGUACCUCCUGAGCUUCCACGGCUACCGCUACCCCAUCUUCCUGACCAUGCUCCACAUGCUCUCCUGCGCCGCCUACAGCCUCCUCGCCAUCAAGUGGCUGGAGCUCGUCCCCUUCCAGCCCAUCCACAGCCGCCGCCAGUUCCUCAAGAUCCUCGCCCUCAGCGCCAUCUUCUCCUUCUCCGUCGUCUGCGGCAACACCUCCCUCCGCUACCUCCCCGUCUCCUUCAACCAGGCCAUCGGCGCCACCACCCCCUUCUUCACCGCCAUCUUCGCCUUCCUCAUCACCUGCAAGACCGAGUCCGCCGAGGUCUACGCCGCCCUCGUCCCCGUCGUCCUCGGCAUCGUCCUCGCCAGCAACAGCGAGCCCCUCUUCCACCUCUUCGGCUUCCUCAUGUGCGUCGGCUCCACCGCCGGCCGCGCCCUCAAAUCCGUCGUCCAAGGCCUCCUCCUCACCUCCGAGGCCGAGAAGCUCCACUCCAUGAAUCUGUUACUCUACAUGGCGCCCAUGGCCGCCGUCAUUUUGCUGCCCUUCACAUUAUACAUAGAGGGAAACGUGCUCGCCAUCACGGUGGAGAAAAGCAGGGUAGACGGGUUCAUGGUGUUUCUUUUGAUGGCCAAUGCCACGGUGGCGUAUUUGGUUAACCUCACGAAUUUCCUGGUGACGAAGCACACCAGCGCGCUGACGCUGCAGGUGCUCGGCAACGCGAAGGCGGCCGUCGCCGCCGUGGUGUCGGUGCUCAUAUUUAGGAAUCCGGUGACGGUGAUGGGGAUGAUGGGGUUCGCCAUCACGGUGAUGGGAGUCAUUCUUUACAGCGAGGCGAAGAAGAGAUCCAAAUCGACAGCUCAUUGACAGCUGCCAAAUUUGAUGGAAAUUUACAGUGGUAAUGCUUACUUUUUGAUUCUUUUUUAUUGAUUCAUGAUUCUGUUGUAUAGGGAAAGAAUUUGCUCUGCUUUUUUGUAUAAUUGAUUCAUAUGAAAUGGGGAUAGUUUGAGAGAAUAAAGAUGUCUCUUUUACUUUCUUUCCCCUUUGGCUGUCAUUUUGUAUCUUAUUUCAACAAAAUUAGCGAUGCCGCAUAAAGAAGUCAUUCUUUUUAGAGGGAUUUACCUCUCAUAA